AUGGAACUCUUGAAGCGGUUGAGGAAGGCAACAGAUUGGCUGACCGCGCUGAAGGCACUCAUGGUGAUCCAUCAGCUCAUGAGGGACGCCGACACCUCAUGGCUUGAAGAGCUCCUCAAGAUUGACAUGGCAGUGCUGCAAGAGGGCAGAUCCAGCGGGCCAGCAACGCCGCCGCGGCGCGGCUCGCAGCAGCGGAUACGGAUACUGGACAUGGACAACUUCAUCGACACAACCAACAUCGAGGGUCGCUUUGAAUACAGCGAGUAUGUGCGCGCAUAUGGCAAGUAUCUGGACGAGCAGCUGGAGGAGCAAGAGCAGGGCGGUGAGCAGUCGCGCAUGCGGACGCUGGGCUCGGCGGAGUUGCUGCGGCAGCUGCCGGUGCUGCAGCGGCUGCUGGGUCGCCUUGUGGACUGCCGCCCCACUGGAGCUGCAUCCCUGGACCCUGUUGUCCAGGGGUCGCUGUUCUUCGUGCUGAAGGAGAGCUUCAAGAUCUACAAAGCCAUCAGCGAGGGGCUCAUCAACCUGGCGGACAAAUUCUUUGAGAUGGACUACCUGUCCGCCCAGAAGGGCAUUGAGAUCUACAAAGAGGCCAUCGUAUCCAGCGAGCGCCUGCAGACGUUCCAUCGGGAGGUAGAGCAAAUAGAGAGCAUAAAGAGGGUGGUCCAGUUCCCCAAGCUGGAGCCCCCGCCUGCAGAUUUCUUGGUGCAGAUGGAGAAUUACGCCCGCGAGGCCCCCAGAUGCCUGGAUGACGUCCAGUCCAAGAAGAGGAGCCCACCGCUGAGGAGAGGGAGCAAGGUGACAAACCCGCGCACACGAGCAGAUGCCAGCCAUGACCGCUUGAGCGCACGCUCUGCCGACCCGGGCAUGGCGGCGGACCCUGCAGCCAAGUCCAAGCCGCAGCUGGACCUGCUCAAUUUCGAGGACCUGUCCAUCGAUCCGGCCUCCUCCUCGCCCAUGCCUGCAGCCACUCCCAGCUCCAACGGCGCCCCUGGGGAGCAGCCCGACUACUUCUCCAGCCUGUCCGACGCGCCGACCUUCCCAUCGGCCAGCCCGUCACCGGCGGACCCCUUUGCACCCUCCACCUUCAGCAGCACCACCACUGACGGCCUGCGCUCCUCCGCAGCCUCCUCCAACGGCCAGGCCAACAUCUUUGCGCCCUCCCCGGCCGCCGCCGGCCGCGGCCCGAGCGCCAAUCCCUUCGGGCCGUCGGCGGGCAACGGCGGCGGUGGCGGCUUUGGCGGCAGCGCAUUCGCGCAGCCGGCCGCGAGUGACGGUUUUGGGAGCGCCGCGUCCUUCCAGCAGGUGCCCUCAGGAGCCGCCCCCAGUUUCUCAGGAGCUUCACCCAGCAGCUACACACCUGCGCCCACGCCCUCGGGCCCGGUUGAAUUUGGCGGCUUCGGCAACGGAGCGGGCGCUCUGUCACCGUUGGGACCUCCCAAAGCACUGCCUCAGAACCCUGCCCCUGUCCCAGGGGCGUUCAACAGGAAGGAGGCAUCGCUGCACGAUCCCUUUGCGGAGCUGACUGGGCUCAAGUCUGCGCCUCCCAAGGCAUCUCCCCCGCUCAAGAAGAAGCUUGCCAGUGGCACCGCCCCUGCGGCCCCAGCCCCUGCGCCCUCUGCCAGCACUGCUCAAGGGUCAGCGUUGCCAGCACAGGCUGCUGCACAACCGCCAGCGGCGAGUGCUGCUGCGAGCGGGAACUUGGGGGGCAGCUUUGAUGCAUUCCCUGCAGUAAACGGCGACCGGGGGCCUCCGUUACCUGUGCAGACAGACUUUAAGAGCUCCUUUGACCCUGAGCCAGCAUCCAAUGGGAGCCUGAUCUGA